AUGUCUAACAACCACGACAGCAGCAAGCAGCCUUCUAAAAGGGAGUCUCGCUGGGACAAGUGGGCUAUGAAUCUCGUCAAGUCUGACAGACUCGAGAUUAAGGGUCCAUCCGAGGAGCAGCUCGUUGAAGCCAAUAGCUCUUCUAAGAAUGCUUCCCUCACGGUUAUGGGUCAACCUCUUCCUGGUGCCGGAUCUUCCAAGGAUGCUUCCAUCGUUGCCAUGGGCCAGCGUCUCCCUACUACCCAUGUCACCGUCACCAUCCGCUUCCCCCACGGCGACGUCCUCUUGCCCUGA